CUGCUGCUGCUGCGUUUAGCCAAAGCGGAAGCCGGGCUACAGCGGGGAUGCGCUGGCCGUGAGGAGGUUGCAGGGGCCAUGGAGGACGACUUGGCUUCGGAGGAUGACACCCUGCUUCUUUCGGAGAAAGAGUUUCACAAUGCGGCAAAGCGGAACAACACAGCACGGAUGGAUGAGCUGAUCAAGAGAGGGGUGGAUGUCAAGGCCAAGAAUAAUAUAGACAGGACCGCUCUCCACUGGGCUGCAGGAGCAGGUCACGAACAGGCCGUCCGUCUUCUUCUAGACCACGAUGCCUCUGUGAAUGACGAGGACAACUUUGGGAUGAACGCCCUCCUCUUGUCCGCCUGGUUUGGCCACCUCCGUGUCCUUCAGAUCCUUGUCACUGCUGGUGCCAAAAUCAACUGCCAAAACAAGAAUGGUCGCAACUUGUUGCACUGCGCAGCCCAAAGAGGUCAUAUCAGGGUCAUUGAGUUCAUCAUGGAAGACCUUGAGGAUGUGCAGCUGGAUAAGAAAGACAAGAUGGACAGGACGGCAUUUCAUCUGGCUGCUGAGAAUGGGCAACUGGAGGUGGUGGACUUCCUGAUUCGCUUAGGUUGUGCAUGCAGCAUCAAAGACAAGGAGAAGAACACAGCGCUUCAUCUAGCAGCCAAGAAUGGUCAUGCAGAGGUGCUGCAGAAGCUUAUAGAUGUAGGAAUGAACCUUGAUGAGAAGAAUACGGAAGGGCUGAGCGCCCUGCACUUGGCUGCUGAAAAUGGUCAUCAUGACUGCAUGAAGCUGCUCCUGGAAGCCGGCUGUGAUGUCAACAUCCAAACUCAGAAAAAGAUGACCUGCCUUCAUUAUGCUGCACAAAAUGGCUAUGAGCUCAUGACCAGGAUCCUUAUUGAUGCAGGAAUUCACACAGAUACACUGAAUUACCAAAAUGCAUCAGCUAUGCACAUUGCGGUGCUACAGAAUCACCCAGCCAUCGUUAAACUCCUAAUUGAUGCUGAAUGUGACCUGGAUAUCCCUGAUAAUAGGCAGCAGAGCCCACUGCAUAUAGCUGCAGAGCAUGGGAGACAGGACAUUGCUGAGAUGAUUCUUAUCGCUGGGGUGAACUUAAAACUAACAGACAAGCAAGGUAAAACAUCCCUAGAUAUUGCUGCCCGUGGCAACCACAUCAACUUGGCUGACAUGAUCAUCAAAGCAGAUAGGUUUUACAAAUGGGAAAAGGAUAAUCUGAACAGCGAUUCUGACUCCUGGGUAGCCAAGCACUUAACCUUCAAGCAGGACCACCGGAUGGAGACGCAGCACAUCCGCUCCGUCAUGUGGAGGCUUGCGACAAAAUACCUCAAACCCAACGAGUGGAAGAAGCUGGCACAUUACUGGAAAUUCACCGAGGCUCAUAUCAGAGCCAUUGAGCACCAGUGGGCAGGCAGCAAAAGCUACAGAGAACACGGUCAUAGGAUGUUGCUCAUUUGGCUCCAUAGCGUGAUUAUGGCAGGGGAAAACCCAGUCAAAGGACUGUAUGAAGGCCUGGUGGGCAUCGGAAGAAGAGACUUGGCAGAAAGCAUCAGGAAACAGGCAAAUGCAGACUCCACCUCACCGAGGAAGUGCACCGCGAUGUGAUACCAGUAAGAGCACAGAAAACCCCGUUUUUGCUGCUUCAGAAGUUUCAUGCUGGAGCCACAGCAAACAAAAUGGACAAUUUUGAACUGUCGGUUGGAAGGUAUCCAUAAACUCUCUUUCCAAGGGCUUCUUGCCAUAACAAAUGGCAACCGUAUCCACUCAAGAUCAGGUAACAAUGCAAGUUGGUACAUCAACAGGCUCUGCUCACAGCAAUGCAUUCUUUAUAGUAAAGAGAAGGCACGAUUCUCAAAACAUGGGAGACCAGGAAGUGAAGUAUACACUGUAUUUUCCAGAUCUAAAACUAAGGUUACAAUCUCAAGUCCCAGGAGGUUUUGCCGCUUCAGGCAAAACUCCCCACUGCCGCUGCGCCUGCUCUGCCACCAAGGACAUGCCACACCCAAUCCCUCUCCGUAGCUGUACCCUGCCUGUGACAGAGGAGGUGGGUUUGUGGCAACCGUGGAGGCAGGGACACCUCCAUGUAGGAGGCAGCAAUGGUGAACAGCACACUAUUCGAGCUCAGAUAGGCCAUCAGAGGCAACUGUCUUCAUGGCUGGGCCAGCCCUGCUUGAGUAACCCUCAUUAAAUCAAUAUAAAUUACCGAUCAGCAAAUGCUGUUAAGAGUGUAAUGGGACAUGCAUAACAAUGUUUCUCAGCUGGAAAAUCUCACUGUGAAAUAAGAAAUCUCUGCAAUUCUCCCAGUUUUUCUAAUUGCGCCUCCAUUGUGGUAGGGGCAGCUAUGAUUGCAGGGAAAAACUGAUUUAAGUUUCACUAGAGAAAGACGGCAUCUCAUGUUUCACCAGUGGAGACUGCACGGAGAGACACACCUAGAAUCCUGCUCUCGUGCCAGUCAGGUGCUAGCGAGCCACGUUUAUUUCUCAGUGUAAGCUGUUUACAUUUCUCCCAUGCAGGCAUAAUUUUUUUUAAAGCAGGAAUUUUAUGAAGAAGCCCCACCCACCCACCCUCGGACCUCACUGUGCAAGAAAGCCAAGCGCAACAUUGGGCCAGAGUUAAGUGUUUGUUAGUUCCACAGACUCAAAGAGACAGAAUUAGAUGCAUGCUUACUUUGGGUUGGACUGUGGCCUAGGUUAGCAGAAAAUCUUUUUCCAGUCUGAGGACUAUAUUCCCUCCUGGACAACCUCAAGGGACCCUUUUGCCAGGGGCAGGCAGGGCCAGAAGUGAAAACCAGCUGGAGGCCCAAGUGUGACACUAGGGUUGCCCUAUUUCAAAAAGAGAAAAUCCAGAAACAAAAGCUGUAAAGCAUUUUUUUGCGGCAAAGUUAUUGAGCUAUCCAGGGUUUCAACGGGGUCUCUCCUCUUCUCCACCCUGGAGAUUGAACCCCAGACCUUCUGCAGGCAAGACAGGUGCUCUAGCAAAGGUCCUUCUGCUGAAGAAAACACAUCUUUUCCUUUAACUCUUACGGAGUAUUUGUGUGUCUGAAAGCAUGGUGCAGAUAGAUGCCCCAACUGCAUGCUUCUCAAGCACAAGAAUGCACUUUGAGUAUUACAGCAGAAGACAAAUCAGCCAUUUAUUUUAUGUUCUGCGUGAAGCAGAUUUCAUAUGAACUUGGAUGGAGCAUGAGACUUCAGUGCCUAAUGAGCAGUGGGCAGCUACCUCAUGCUUUUUGCACCAUGUUUCCCUCCCACCCCCCAAAGGAGUAGCUUGACUUAGCCCAUGUGAAAUAUACUAGGGUCAACUUGAUUUAGAACUGCAUACUAAGAACCAAAGCCAAUACUUUGGUAAUCCAUGCUUAACUUCUUGUUUUCAUACACCUUAGAGCAGAAGUGGAACUUUGUAGGCCCACCCAGAAGUUGAUGGACUCCAACUCCCAUCGUCCUUGACCCACUGGGCUGUGCUGGCUGAUGUGAGUUGAAGUCCAACAAAAUCAGGAAGGCCACAGGUUCCCUAACUUUUGCCUUUGAGCUAUGCAUACGGAAAGAAAGCUGGAUAGCCAAACUCUCCUCCUCAGCAUAUCAACAGCUACAAGUUCACUGAAAGGAGGAGUUAUCAGCUUCAAAUCAAGUGAUUCUAUGCAGGCAGGGCCAACCAAGGCCUGGGGUUCAUUCCAGUCAACACAGAUAGGAUGGUUGUAUUUACCAACAGUAUACUUUUCUUAAACUUGUCAUGAAGUUUUGUAUUUUUAAAAAAGUGCAAGCAUAACAUCUGGUUUUCAAAUAAACUUAUUUUUCCCCUUAA